AGGGGAGUGUCCCAGAGUCUCUCGCGCGACAACAUGGCGGUGCCGGGAGCGGAAGGCUGAAUGAGCGUCUGUCUCGUUCCUGAGGCGCGUCUGCUCAGCGGGAUUUUCCUCCCUAAGCCCUCCCAUACGGGGCCGAGCGGCCGCGACAGACACGCCCCCAUUGCGAUCGCGCCUGCGGUCGCGACAGUACCCCCUUCCUUUCUCCCCCCCCCACCUCCCGUCCUUUCGCGGGGACUGCUGGGAGUGCUGCGGGGGCGAGUCUCAGUCCAGCGGCGGAGGGGCUGGGCUGAGGUGGGCGAGCGCCUCCCGCCUGUCGGUCCGGCCCCAGACGCCUUUGUCUCGGCAGGUGCGGCGCCAUGCGGCCAUUGCUCCCGACUCAUCGUGAGCCGUAUUGGAUCGAUGUCCCCGACACGCCGCCCUGCCACCCGCGGGGCCUCCUCGUCUUCUUCGGCUGGGUGCUCUUCCUCUUCUUCUUGGAGCUUGGCCUGACCGAGGCCGCCGCCAGGGAGAAGCAGUCGGCAAGCACCUUGGUGUCCAUGCCGUGCUGGUUGGUGGAGGACUUUGUGGUGGCUGAGGAGUGUGCCCCUUGCACUACCUUCCAGGCUAAGACCACUCCUGAGUGUGGUACCACUGGCUUUGUGGAGAAAAUCAGUUGUUCCUCCUCCAAGAGAGAUGAGUUUAAAAGAUUGUUUCCCUGCUGUCUCAGCUGCCGCUCAGCAAUGAUGGAGCGACACCUGUUUUGGAAGUUUGAGGGGGCUGUGGUGGGAGUGGCUGCAGUCUUUGCCUGCCUUGUGAUCCUUCGUCAGAGAUCACUGGACCGAAAGGCCCUGGAAAAGGUCCGAAAACAGAUUGAGUCCAUAUAAGCUCCUGGCCCCUGAUAUCCCAGCAUCCAAGCCUUUUGCCCCAAGAGGGCCUGGUGGAGAAGGGUAACAGCUGGCCUGAUGGGGAGAAGGUUGUAUGGGGUGACCCUGGCCCCUGGAACCCUAUUCUUUCAUCUUCUUCCCUUUGCCCUUCACCUUUUGUCUCCUUGAUAAUGAAAGAAUAAAAUAAAAACAACCCCACAA